UCAGUCUGAUCACGCAAAAUCACCCGUACGCACUCUACCCAUUUCCUAAAAUUUCAAAAAGGACCCCAAAAUCCUUUGUAGUAUCGACUCGAGUUCUUCUUCUCACAGAUCAGAAACGAACGGAGGCGCAUGGUGAAUCUCGUCUCUGCUCAUUUGUAAACUCAGGUAACACGCUUACUUUGGAUCAGCUGAAUUUGCAGCUAUGGACGUCAACAGGAAGUCAAAAUUACGAGAUGACCUUGCCAGUGACACUUGGAGUUUUGGCAGCAAUUACCACCAAUCCAGUCAAUCUAGAAAGAUGUCCAUUGGAAUUGUAAUAGAUUCAGUUUCAAAAUGCAGAACUCAGAAAGUACAACAAGCUGAACAUCAGACUCACUUCGCAGCAGUGAAAACUUCUAGCAAAGAGAUAUCUGUUUACAAUGGGACAACAAUGCCUCAGAAAACUUCAAGCAAGGGGAAUUUCACAAAUGACAGAAACAAGAAGGAAAUAGUGAGCACUCCUACUAUCAGAAAUCAAAGAGAGCUCACAGAGAAGCAGACAUCUCCUUGGAUAUCCACUAAGGCCCUCCACCAUGAACCAACUUCAGAGGCAGAUACUCAAGUACAGAAAACUUCAACUGCACAGGGUGUAGUUGAGAUGUGCAACACAUCACACAGAGUAGAGGUAGGACCAGCAGAGUGUUCCUUAAGGUCUUUCUUAACCCAGACAAGGACUUUGCAGUUUGAAAAAUCCAAGCAGGUAAAGGAGGAUGCUUCUAUAGAGAGAAGGGGGAAAUAUGCACCCAAAGUUGCUCUGGAAGACAUGCCUGAGAAAGCAGAAAAUACAGGCAAUGCAUCUUUAAGAUUGAAGCUUCAGGAAAUCUUAGGAACUGUUUCUUCCCCAACCAAGCAGUGUCCAAAUUCUCUAGUUCCCGAGCAGGGUGCAAAAGCCUCGGAACCAGAGCAGAAAAACAGUGGAAAUCAUGUUGGUGAACCUAAGCAAAAUUCAGAUACUAUAGAAAGUGAUACCCAAAGUCAUGGGUACGCUAUUAGGAGACCAACUACUCGUUCUUUAGCUCGAAAAAGAGCUCCUGCUAAGUUGAAAUCACAAAAUAGAAAGGGACCACCAGCAUGUAAAGAGGACCACUUAGAGAAAAAUGUCUUCGUUCCUAAAGAUCUGCUGUCUAGGACGUUACGUGAUGCUAGCACUAGUAGUCCUUUGAUGGUAUAUGGAAGGAGAGGAAAGAGGAAGAGUCACCACAUGGAAGCACCUAAAGUUUGUGAGCAGAACAAUGAAAUGAAAGAUGAAGACACAAACAAUAAGUGUAGAAGAGUACCAGUUCCUGAGAAGUUUGUACAUCCUGGUGAUGGCUCUACUUUAUUUAAGGAGAAAAAUGACGAGUUGGUCCAACCAGAUGCUGGUAACCUAGAAUCCCCUGUAGUGGAAAUGACUGAGCAGCUGAGAAAUCUACAAGAACAUAUAGAUCAGAAAGGAAACUCAGCAGAAAAAUUCAAGAAGAAAGCAUUGGACUCGGAGUCUGACAAUCAAAGCCCAGUUUUUGCUUUGAAAACACCUGGCAGAAAAUCUUUUCCAGGAUUUGCACCAAGAAGCAAUCUGGGGCAACUGCAUGGUGAUGAUCAUAUAGAUAUAGCAUCAAAAACUGAGGGCAUUUGUAAGGUCAAGAGCUUUGAUGGAUUUAGACGAGAAUAUAAGUCCAAUACACCCGAUGAAUCAUCAGAUGAUGCAGGAAAUUUGGAAAAUUCUCCUUUUCUGGAAUCAAGACAUAUAGAAGAUACACAAAUUAAGUUUUCCAAACCAUCAUCCAUGGAAAGUGAUCCCGAGGACUCGGAAGACAGUUCAAAUAUUCAAGCUGAUAUACAGCAACCACCAUCUCCUGAAAUUUGCAAUACCGGGGAACAACCUCCUCGACCAAACAAAAAGCUGUUCAACAAAGGGUGUGCUAAUUUUUCUGGAGUUAGUCUUGCUGCAACUUCUUCUAAAGGAAUUGAUUGUAGGAAGUUUGAAAGGCAUUUAGAACAGAAUGAAGAGGAUGUGCUAACUAGUGCCAUCACCUUAUUUGCUUUCUCAUUAGAGAAAGUUAGAAGCAAACUGAAGUCUGUGACUAACCAAAGAUCUGCUGAGAUCCUGAAGUCAGUUGCUGAGAAAAUACAUAUGCAGUUGCAGAAUGCUGAAUUUCAGAUUCAAGCAGACAUGGGGAGAAUAAACAGUCUGAAUAAAUCAAAGAGAAAGCAUGUAGAAGAAGUGCUGCAAGAGAAACAAACACACCUGAGUGCCAUAUACGAACGAUUCAAAGAAGAGGUCACUCGGCAUCUCCAGGAUUGCAAGAGCACACUUGAAUCUCUAGAAGCACAUGAAGUCGAAGUGAAAGCAACUGUGGAAAAGAGAAAAACAUCAAAUAAGAAGCUACUUUUGGAAGUGGAAGAAUCAAUUGAGACUCAGCUUGGCAAUGCUGAAAGAAGGGUUUCUUCGGUCCACCAUGCGGCAAGGGAGAAGAUGCGUCAGCUGAAAUUCGUGGUUGCUGAAUGCUUAAAAGAGGGUGUUCUUGGUUGACGAUCUCAACGUCUCAUGGAUUUUCAGAAGAACGUUAUAGGCAUAUGUCCUGAAAGCGUGGUUAUUACAUUAUUUUCCAGGAGUUAAUUGCUUCUCUUUUUUCUUUUUGGGGCUUCUGGAGUCUAUUUUAACUUUAGUUGACUAGCUAGUAGUACAGUAGAUGCUCUUAUCAACAUUCUUACAGAAACACAAUUCCUCAAAUCCUUUUGUGUGACAAAAUUAGAAAUUGCGUUGAUUAUGUUGGGUUUCAAGCGUCUGAUAAUAGACUAAAGACUCGGACAAAUGGUCAUUAUCAUA